AAGAGAGGGCGCUUAAAAUGAUGCAACAAGAGAGCCCUCUAGGCGGAAACUAUAAAUACAGACAACGCACGCUAGCCCUUCUUUUCUCUUCCGGUUUAUCAUCUUCAGCGCACGUGUGAAUUAUAGAAAAAGUAUUAUAAAGUUCAUUGUUACUGUUACUAGAAAAAGCAGCGUUGCUGGGUAGAAUUCACUGAAGCCUACGCUACAGUCUUUCGAUCUGGAAAAUCUGCCAUCAUGGGUCGUAUGCACGCACCUGGAAAGGGUAUAUCCCAGUCAGCUCUUCCUUAUCGUCGGAGUGUACCAACUUGGUUGAAGUUAACUCCUGAAGAUUGCAAGGAACUCAUUUACAAACUAGCAAAGAAAGGAUGUACCCCAUCCCAAAUUGGUGUUAUACUUCGAGAUUCUCAUGGAGUCGCCCAGGUAAGAUUCCGUACAGGGAACAAGAUAUUACGUAUUGUUAAAAGUAUGGGCCUUGCUCCUGAUCUUCCAGAGGAUUUAUACCACCUCAUUAAGAGGGCUGUUGGAAUCAGGAAACAUUUGGAAAGAAAUCGCAAGGACAAAGACAGCAAGUUUCGAUUAAUUCUCGUUGAAUCGAGAAUACAUCGUCUUGCUAGAUAUUACAAGACAAAGGGAUCGCUUCCACCAAACUGGAAGUACGAAAGUUCUACGGCCAGUGCUUUGGUGGCCUAAUAUCUUUUACUGUACAGAUUUGUAUAAUAUAUUAAUAAAACAACUUUCGUGUCGA